AUGAGAUUUCCACUCAAGAAGAGAUUAUGGGUCUCAAGCUCAAAGUCAAGAUCUUAUAUUUUCAAGUUAUUCACUUGCUUUUACGCAAUAUUUAUAGUAAUUACGGGAAUAGUUAUAGAGCUAUCAAACAUUAUUGGCUCCCCUGAAUCUUCAACAAAGUCUGGUUAUAAGGACUUGAUCUUAGGAAUUUGGCUUCAUGGUGGUUCGAUAGCAUUUAUACUCUAUUGUGCAUUUUUAGUUUAUCAAAUGCAUAUUGAAAUAAAGCAAAAAAGAAACACUAUUCGGCGAAGUGCCACCCCUUUUGGUGAGGAGCCAGAGGUUCUCGCUAAUACCUCAACUGGCAGUUUGUAUUUACGUCUAGGAUGCGUUGUUUUUGGAGUCAUUGGCGUGGUAUAUUACCUACUAAUUUUCAUAAUUUGCAUUCUUGGAUGGACAACCACAGAAGGUGAAUGCAGCGCAAUGUCUGAUACGUUGAAUUCAAUGGCGGCCGUUUUCGUAUUCCUUCAAAUGUGGUUUGUAUAUUGUAACGGAAAGAUAAUAUUCACUGGUGCGGGCAAUUUUGCAAGAGUUGGCCUUAUGCAUUUAACAGGCACAAAUCUGUGGAUGUGGCUCAAGUAUAUUAUUUAUGAAGAAGUCGAAACCGUGAAGGAAAUUAUUCAUCUCACCCACGAAAAAAGAAAUAAUCACACCCAUGAUAUCACCCACUCCAAUAAAACUGAAACGUGCAAAGGUGUAUUGUGUGUUUUCGAAGGUUAUAAUGAGUUCAUGUACACUUGCGUUGUUGAAUACUCCCUAAUUUGUGCAGGAGUAGCAUUUGUGUUUUGGACAAACAUCGAGCGUUGCAAACGAGAGCAGGUCGAGAACAGAAUGCGGAAAAGAAGCAUUCUGAAAAUCGACUGUUCCCGUACUGCUGAAGGACUAUUUGCUGGUUUUGCGUGCAUAAUAGUCACAAUUAUCGCAAUUGCUCUCUUCAAUGCAUAUUCUUCCAAAAAAGAUGUCGCACAAUGGAUUUUCUCCUGCACCAACAUGUUCUUCUUCAUUGUUUCCACGAUUCUUGUGAUUUUCGCUUUCUGGAGACUAAGAUUUCUUAAAUAUCUUGAAGAAGAUGAUGAUCGUGAGGAUGACAAUGCUGAACUGCUCGAUCGAAUCCUUCUCGUUGUUGGAUUGAUCGGAGAACUCAUUUUCGCUCUUGGCGCAAUUUUGUCCUUCAUUAACAACGCGACAAUCGGCCUGCCACUUAUCAUUUUCAUCACAAAUAUCCUAAGAUUGGUUCAAGUCACAGUUCAAAGCGGAUUGAUCCUUGUUGCUUCAAAACUUAGAAUUGACGAAACUGAUAAACAUAUGUUGCGUUACAAACCGGGAAAACAAGUGGUCACGAUGUUGCUGAUGAUGAACUGCGCUCAAUUCUUGAUGAAUGUGUUUGAAGCCCAAAAAGCCGGAAUCAAUGAUGAACUUCUUUCAAUGUAUGGAUCGUAUUAUUGGGCUAUUGUCGUUCGUGGAUGCUCCCCAUUGAUCAUUUUCUAUAGAUUCCACAGCUCGGCCUGUUUUGCUGAGGUUUGGAAGAAAACUUUCCGUCCACCAAAGAAGAACGACGAGGAAGUGCACACUUCAACUGAUUAA